AUGACCAGAAUAGGUGGGAGGCAGAGGCAGGCGGAUCAGGCAGACCACCUCAGCGAGCCUCUCCGUUGUCUUCCAGUCCUCCUCCUCGUGGUCACUCUGGUCCUCCACCACCUCAGCGUGGCCAGGAACCUCCCCACAGCCACAGCAGGCCCAGAAACGUUGGGGUGCCUCAGCCACUCCCAGAACCUGCUGAGGGCCACCAGCGACAUGCUUCAGACGGCCAGACAGACUCUUGAAUUUUACUCCUGCACUUCUGAAGAGGUCGACCAUGAAGAUAUCACAAAAGAUAAAACCAGCACGGUCGAGGCCUGCUUACCACUGGAAUUAGCCACGAAUAAGAGUUGCCUGGUUUCCAGAGAGAUCCCAUUCAUAACUAAUGGGAGUUGCCUGGCUUCCAGAAACACCUCUUUCAUGACGACCCUGUGCCUCAGUAGUAUCUAUGAGGACUUGAAGAUGUACCAGGUGGAGUUCAAGGCCAUAAAUGCGAACCUUGUGAUGGAUCCUAAGAGGCAGAUCAUUCUGGAUCAAAACAUGCUGGCAGCUAUUGAUAACCUGAUGCAGGGCCUGAAUUUCAACAGUGAGACGGUGCCUCAAAGACCCUCCCUUGAAGAACUGGAUUUUUAUAAGACAAAAGUCAAGCUCUGCAUUCUUCUUCACGCAUUCAGAAUUCGUGUGGUGACUAUCAACAGGAUGAUGAGCUAUCUAACUGCUUCCUAA